CGCACGUUGUAUUGUCCGUUUAAAAGUUUUACGUGAAUAAACUUAUCGAGUGCUUAGUAUCGAAAAACAAAUCGAGUUAUUAUAAUCGAAACGAAGUGCUGUGAAACAAGUGUGGAGUUGGAUUCGAGUUAAUGCUUCAAUUAGUUUAGGUAAAAGUGAGUGUGGACGUUCAAUCAGAAGUAGAUUAGGCUGUAUGUACUGCUAGCUGUUUGUGAGUUGUGAGCUUGAGGCGUUACGGAUGUUGAAGCUGGUAUCCCCCGAACUCCGUAUGGCGCUGCCGCUGCCCCGCGCGCCGGACCCGGUGCUGGCCGCCUACUGGGCCGAGUACGAGGACCUUUGCCGGCUCAGCCAACAACUUACGGACGAUGAUGACAAUCUUUAUGAAGAAGGCGAGCUCGAAACAGAAUGGCUGCAAGCCGCCGGCCUCGGUUCCCUGGCCGCGCCGUUCCAGGCCGGCCUCGAAGUCACCGAGGCCCAGCUGGGUGAGGCCGUAAGGCCGCUGCCCAGAGAACAAGCCGCUGCGGUUAGGAGACGAGUCCGACGGCUGAAUAGGACCGUGCGGCGGCGGCGUGCGGCCUCCAGGGCCAGGAAACCCGAUAUUAGGGAUGUCUUCAGGGAUUUGGAGAACUCGAGUGGCAGCGAGCCGAGGUCCCGAAGCGCGACGCCCGACUCCUUGGAUUCUUUGCCCAGUGGGGGCUCCGGCAGCCCCCCAGUAGAAUGGGCCGAUCACACACCUCCAGAUUUUGUCGACAGUUUCCCUCCGACCGGCACACACUCUCCCCUGGCCCGCACGCCGUCCGCCCCCGCGGCGCCGAGACGGGCGCGUCUCUCUCCACCUGCCUUGGAACCUCCACUACCCAUGCACGAGCUGUUCAAGCCGAAUGACUUGCAUUGGGCUGAUAUAGCUACGAAUACUGAGGGCAUCGAACUCCUAGGUUACCAAAGAUACGGGACUGUCCAGGGUCCAAGAAUAGGCAAGGAGCGAAUCAACGGAUCAAUACUGAAGGACAACGACCCUUUCGUCAAGCACACUGUUGUGUCGCGGGCAAAAAGCGCGGCGUCCGUGCAGCAACCACUCAGCUUCGAACACAAGUUUAACCUGGACCGGCAGAUGAUGGACCACGAUGAGGAAUGGCCUGAAGACGGCAGCGUAGUGGACGUGGAAAGCAUCGGCGAACCUCAGCUGAAGCGUCUGCCGCAACUCCUCCUGCUGGAGCUGACUGCACUCUUCGAUAAAUACUCGCUGCCCUUCCAGAAGAGGAAACCGCCUAAGAAGAAGAGGAAAGAAGAAGGCUCAGUAUUCGGAGUAUCCCUCGAAACUUUACUCCGCAAGGACAUGCUUCUAUGGGAGGAAACCUGGAGUUCCGUGCCCGGAGUUCUGCGGGCGUUAGCCGGCACGCUGGCCAAGCGGGCGACAGAUGAGGGGCUGCUGCGCGUAGCUGGGAAUAAGCACAAGAUCGAAGCGCUCUGCCAACUGAUAGAGCGUUCCUGGUACACGGAGAACCGUGGCGCAGUAGAGGCAGCUUUAGCUGCUGCAAGCAGCCACGACCUGGCAGCAGUCUUCAAACGGCUGCUGCGGGCGUUGCCGCAGCCUCCGCUCACGCAGGAGCUGAUGAGGCUCUUCUACCACACGUAUGCCCUGACGGGCCCGCCGCAAGGCCGCGCGCUCAACCUGCUGGUGCUGCUGCUGCCUCCCUCGGCGCGCGCCACGCUGCGCUGCAUCCUGACGCUCGCGCGCGACAUCGUGGCGCGCGCCGCCACCAACAAGAUGAGCGCGCACAACGUCGCCAUGAUCAUAGCGCCGGCGCUCUUCCCGCCCAGCCUCCUGAUAAAGCAGUCGGACAGCCUGGAGACCCAGCUAGCCACGGCAGCGAACAGCUGCCACGUCACUGAAGCCCUCAUGCGCUGGUGCGAACAGCUCUGGCUCAUCCCCGCUUCUAUCCUGGCGGCUUCUCAGCGAAAACCUUCGCCGCACCGUAGGAACCAUAUCUGACUUUAUCCUUUAAGGAUUAAGGUGCUUAAUCGUUUGCGCUAGCGAGCGUGGUGAUGUCACAAAUACGCACUUUAGUAAUCAUAGUUUAGGCUAUGCUGGAAAACUAAAGGUGCUAAUUCGAUUGCGUAAGAUGUCAAAUGGCGUGCCAAAACAAAAGACGCGCGAAUUCAAGAUGGCGGGUCAAAUUGGACGCUGUGCGUCAAAGAAAAAUCUCGCGUGCUUGUUUUGUAAGUUUGCAUGCUUUUUAAAGUAUUUUGGCCAAGAUUAUAAAUAACAUACUUGGUUAUAUUUGAAGUUUUAAGCAUGACCAAAUAUGUUUGGUUGUUUACUCCACUAUUUCUAUAAGUUUUUAAUUUUGACAUUAAAAUGCAAUAAAUUAGGUUGGUAGAGGUCAUUCGCACUUGUCAAGGGGUGCAUAUUGAACAAUUUUAUUAUAAUGAGUGAUAUGAUAUUUAAUGUUAACGCAUAUAUACUCCGUGUUAAUAAUGUUAACGCAUUUAGUGUGGUAUAUAAUUGUGAAUGGGAUGCCAAAUAUUCAUCUUGUUUUAGUGAAAUAACCAGUUUUAGUUAAUGUUAAAUUCCGUAAAAUCGUCCUCUUAUAAAAGAAAGUUUGCAUUAAAAGAUGUCAUUGGUUAUUCAAUUGUUUUAGGUGAGUGGACGUGAAUCCAUGAAAAAAUAUUAUGAAAUAUUUUUUUAUUUUACAGUAGAACCUCGCUAAUCAGGACGGGCAAAUAACCGGUCGUUGGUGGAUUUCUGUUAUAAAAAUCACUAACCGUGCCUUCGGGUAAUUCCGAAAAAAGACAACCACAACGAAACAUGAGUGAUUUUCAAAUGAUUUUCGAUAUUACUCAAUUUCCGAGAUUACCCUAAUACAUUAAGUAGGUAUACUUACACAAAUAAAAAGAUUUAUGUGUAUUACAUUAAUUAAACUAUAAGGGAAAUAAAUCACUAAAAACAUGUUAAGUACACUGACUAUACUGUUCUGCUUUACAUUUUCGCACUUCAUUCCGAAGGUAAUCUAAGUCGGGAAAGAAAGUUAAAAAUUACGUAGAUAACUAUCAAAGUGAAAUGUCACUUAGCCCGAGACCGUCCAGAUUACAGCGAUCACCGGAUUAGCAGGGUCCGAAUUAGCGAGGCUCUACUGUAUUAUAAAUAUAUUUGAAUGUGUAUAAAAGUGUGUGGUGCCAUUUUUCGGCUCGUUUCGAAUUCCUAGUUACCGUUUUGGAUAAUUGAAAUUUACUAUUGGUUCUAUCGCCGUGGUGCCUUGUAUUGUUUCGUUAGUGAUAGUGAGAAUACAGAAUACAUAAGUGACGCACUUAGUUAUAAGAUCGACCGGGUUAAAUGCAACUAUGGAAUUAUUGCGUUUAUUUGAGUUCAUUUCUUAAACGUGAAUUACAAGAGCUCCCAUUAUCUAAUGAUAAAAGCCUUAGCUACUUGGAAAUAAAACUUAACAUAGAGGGCGUUCCGACCAAUCGCAUUCGAGAAAUAAAUCACAGUUGCAAUAAUCCCAUAGUUGCAUUUAUCCCGGUUAAACUUACAACUAACCAAACCUUAUUAAAUUUUUAUAUUGUUAGAGGAAUAUAAUUAUGAGAUCUAAGCCCCUAAUCUCUUUAAUGAGCUUUUUCUGAGUAUAUUUAAGUUUAACUUAAUUAUUCCCUAUUUAUUACUUGCUUUUGAGAGUAAUAUUUAAUUUAUAAAUAAAAUGAAUAAUUACAAUUUUAUAACAUAACCGGAUGGUUAUGUUAUAAAACAAUAAUUUAUCCAUCACAAAAAAUAUAUAAAUCUCCCUGUAUUUUUUUUUUUAUUUUAUUUUGACAGGUUUGUUAAAUGCGUCACUCGUGUAUAAUUUUACUAUUAUGAUAUUUAUGAUAAUACCUAUUAUUAAGUUGUAAAUACUAUGAUAGUUAUUGUAAAAUAUAUUACCAAUACUUUGACUAGGCAAGCAAAGACUGACUUGGUGUAUUAUUAUUAAGAUAAUGUCUAUUGAUAUUAAGUUGUAUUUACUUCCAUUAUUAAAUAAAAUGCAUAUUAUUUACAAAA